UGUGUUCCCUGUUGCAUACGUGAGUAACCAUACGCGUGGCGUCGUGUGAAAAAGUUUUAUAAAUUUCACACAAUUCGUAUCUCUGUUUAAUUAUCAAUUUCUUACGAUUGUAUUGUGUAACGUGAUCAACAUUUAGACGUAUAAUACAUAGCAAUUUUAAUAAAAUAUAUUUAGAAUACGGGAAUCUAAUGAUCGCGUCGUUCAAGAAUGGUGCAUUUACAAUAUGAUAUUGCCUGUUGCAUUUCAGUUUUAUUUAUUUUAAGUCUUGCCAAAGCGAAUGUUCAUGAUCAUUCGAACCCUCAGCGUAGAACAAAUCAUUUGCCUGGCAACAAUGAGUAUUCAGAGUUCUCUGAUAAUGACGAAAGGGAUAAAGGAUCGUCAUACUGGAAUCAGAUGCAGCGAAAUGUACCAAAACCUCCAAUAAAUAUAGAUAAGGAACAACAAGUUUCCCAUACACUUGCUAAAAAUAUUGAAUGGGAUUCUGAAUGGGCCAAGAAUAUCAAAUUUGGCCAGGUAUCAGCAGUCUCUAUAGAUCCAAAUGGAAACAUUGCGAUAUUUCAUAGAGGAUCCAGAGUAUGGGGCUCGAGUACAUUUAAUAUUCACAAUGUAUUUAAUAAAGAAGAAGGCCCGAUUCCGGAAGACACAAUAAUUUUGUUACGUAAAAGCGGGAAGAUGAUAGCAGAAUGGGGUUCGAACAAAUUUUACUUGCCACAUGGUUUGACAAUAGACAUGUAUGGAAAUUAUUGGAUUACCGAUGUAGCUCUACAUCAGGUAUUUAAAUUUAAUGCCGGACAUGUAAGAAUGAUGAAUGGUGGAACAAAAGCUACAAGAGAUCAUUACAUGAAAAUGUACGAAAGGGAGUUAAGACCUACGUUGACUCUUGGAGAAGCUUUUGUGCCUGGUAAUGAUGACAAACGGUUUUGCAAACCAACAGCAGUUGCUGUAGAUAUUAAUGGUGACUUUUUUGUUAGCGAUGGUUACUGUAAUUCUAGAAUAGUGAAAUUCAAUGCUGAUGGAGAAAGAAUUCUACAUUGGGGCCGCGGAAGCACAUAUGGAUAUACUCCUUUACGAAAUACAUUUAACGUACCUCAUGCUUUAGCACUUGCCAGUAAACUGGAUUUACUUUUUGUUGCUGAUAGAGAAAAUGGUAGAAUUCUAUCUUUCUAUGCAGCUAAUGGAACUUUCCACAAAGAGUACAAGAAUCUUAACAUAAUUGGUCCAUUCAUAUAUAGCGUAGCAUAUGCCGAAGAAAAACUUUAUUUCAUUAAUGGUCGUGCUGAUUCACGUUACAAUAUACAUGUUCGAGGAUUUGUUCUGGAUGUAAAUUCAGGAGAUAUAUUAUCUCAAUUUGGUCCAGGACAAGAUAUGGAUAGUCCACAUGAUAUAGCUGUAUCUCCAUGUGGUUCAGAAAUAUAUGUUGUGGAAUUAAAUAAAAAUAUUACUUAUAAAUUUUCACAGAAGAUAAAUAUGGCACACGCAGAUGCUGACUAUGAACUAGAACCUUUAACGGAUCCUCAGUUAAUUCAUCAUAAUAAAACAUUUAUAAUCGUAGCCAUUUUUGUAAUAAUAGUUUUCGUUGGUACCUUCUAUGUUAUAAGUCAUAGAGCUACAACACUAGCUCCAGACGGUACACCGAUUCCGUAUCAUCUAGUUGAUCUUAAAUUCUCAAAAAUAUACGAUUAAGAAUAAUGAUUUGACUGAUUUUGGGUUAUUAAAUAAUUGUUGUGCACGCAUUUUAAUUAGUUUGCAGAGAUCAAGUGUUUAAUAGUGUUCUGUCAAAACUAGUUAACUUUGUUACAGUAUUAAAAGAAAUCAGAAAAGGAACGUUGAAGGUUAAUAUCUACAAACAAUUGCAACAUUUGAACUUUAACAUUUUGGCUGCAGUAAGUUUUAACAAGCUUUUGUACUGGCUGUACAUACAUUGUGUUAUUUCAUUUAAAAUAGCAUAUUUAUGGAAAACGAAGUUACUACGUAUCAGAUGUAUGCACUAUAGAGAUAUUAAUGCAUUAUAUUGUGCUUUGGAAAUUAUGCCAGUACAAGAAGGCUGUAUAUAAAUGCAUAAUUUAGUGGUUAGAUGAACAAACACUAUUUUAAUUCUUGUUUUUACCCUAAUAACAUUCGAUUUUUACAAAUGUAUUAUCAUGUUGCAAUAUUAAUAUUUAUCCCAUCUAUUCUGUAAAGAAGCAGUUCCAUUUUUCAUAUUUUUCAUAUUUUUCUAUAAGAAAUGAUUAACAUCUGUCAUAAAUUAUAAUCAAUUACUUAAAGUUCAUUUACUUAGCAUCCCACUUCGUUUGACUUCCAUUUACACUAUAGAAUGUUUAGUAAACUAAUGUGUAUAAUAUUGAUUAACAUUUUCUAUGAUCGCACAAAUGUACAAAUAUUGUUUAUUUAUAGUCUUAUUAUUGAAUCUUGUAUUAUAUUAAUUGAAAGUGUAAUGCAUUUACGUACCAAAUCUGAGCUUUUUUUUAUGUCUUUUACACGCGUAUUCGAUUUUGAAAAGUUGCAUUUUUUCUGUUCUACCUCUUGUAUGUGAUCGUUCCUUUAUUUUAAAUAUCCAUAUUUUGUAAGAGAAAAUAUACAUGUUUUCAUUUCAACAA